UCUUUUCUCAUAAUUCAAUUUUCUGCUUUCUCAAUUUCUCCAAAUUUUAGUUCAGUAAUGGCACUUGAAGCAUUGAAUUCUCCUUCUACUAUGACUCCAACUCCGGCGUUUCAGUUCGAAAACGCCACCCUACGCUAUCUCGAGCCGUGGACGAAAGGCAAGAGAUCGAAGCGUCAACGCAGCGUCGAACGCCAUGAUCAGCCCACUGAAGAAGAAUACUUGGCUCUCUGCCUUAUUAUGCUUGCUCGAGGUGACGGCGGUUCAGCAUCAAAACCCGCCGCCGUUCAGCAGCAAAAGGAAACUAGUCUUCUACCACCGCCGCCACCAGUGAUGAAAUCUGAUGAUUCGACGAAGUUGUUGUACAAGUGUUCCGUUUGUGAUAAAGCUUUUGGGUCUUACCAAGCUUUGGGAGGGCACAAGGCCAGCCACCGGAAACUGAGUUGUCCGAGUGGAGGAGACGAAUACUCCACCACCACCUCCUCCUCCUCUGCUGCCGCCAUCACUGCUUCAGCCACCACCACGAGUGCAAGGAAUCGCAGUGGGAGGGUCCAUGAGUGUUCCAUCUGCCACAGGUGCUUCCCCACCGGACAAGCCUUGGGGGGUCACAAAAGGUGCCACUAUGAAGGUAGGGCACCCAGUAACAACGGAGGAGCCGGCAGUAGCAGUGCAGUGAUGUCAUCGGAAGGAGUUGGAUCCACCGUUACCCACCACCGAGACUUCGACCUUAACGAGCCGGCUUUGCCGGAUUUCUGGCCGGGAUUGGGCUCGGGUGAAGAUGAAGUUGAGAGUCCCCACCCCGCUAAAAGAUCGCGACUUUCUCUGCCGGCAAAGUUAGAAAUGUUUUGAAGGCUAAAAUUCAAGAUAUUCUGAAACUCUGUAAUAUAUUUUAUUUUAUGCAUUUGGUUAGUGGGAUUCUUUUGUGAAAAUAGAAAUGUAGUAGGUGAUAGUGAUUGUUUAAUUGGUUUAUUUUUUAAUGAAAUUUAGACUUCACAAACUUAAGACUUGACAUAGGUGUUGCUUGUAAUCGAUAAUCUUAGAUAUAGGAUAUGACAAAUAAUAAAUUAA